AUGGUGAUAGCCCCGGGUCUCAGAUUUCCCAAGGAUGUUCGAAAGCGUCGUGCCUGGAUUAGGGCAAUCAACAGAAAAAACUUUGCACCUAAUGAGUUUUCCUGCAUUUGUUCAGAGCAUUUUGAGUUUGGAUGGCAUAGUGAUGACCCAGAUGAUACCAAUUAUGCCCCGACCAUCUUCUCUUACAAGGAAAAAACAGUUGAUCAUGAGAGAGAAGAGAGAGUAUCAAGAAGAAAUCUGCAGAAGGAAUUGGAAGAGUCUAAAGAAAGAGCUAGAGAGCAGGAAAAUAGGAGUUUGAGCUUUUCUGUGUUUGCCCAUUCUUACAGCAAAGAUAAGGAGGAAGAGAUGAUUUCUGAUCUUGCAGCACCCAUGACAGAGAUUGAAGAUGAUGUAGAGACAGGAGUCAGAUUGACUAGAGACAUAGGUAUUGAUAUUGGAGAACAACUCAUUCACUUCUACAAUAGAAUAAACUACCUGGCACCUAAAUGCGAGAAGAUGGUAUACUGGCGUGGAAGUUCAUCAACCCCUGAUGAGAGGACUAGAUCUAGGCGGUGCACGGCUCUUGAUCCAAUCGACCAAUUCUUAGCAAUCAUGAUGAGACUGAAGGUCGGAUUGUAUGUCCAGGACAUGACAGAGCGGUUUGGUGUGUCCGUGGGUGCAUUCUCUCACUACUUCACCACCUGGGUUUGCCUACUCUACAAGGAACUUAAGGAGCUGAACCCCUUUCCAUCAAGGGAUGUUAUUCAGAGAAACAUGCCGUCAUGUUUUAAAUCUUUUCCUAAUGUAAGAGUUAUACUUUAUUGUACUGAAAUCUUUAUUCAAAGAUCCAGCAGUUUGGUUAAUCAGAAUCAGUCAUUUUCAAAUUACAAGCAUCACACUACUUUAAAAUUCCUUGUUGGAAUCACUCCUUCUGGUGUGAUUUCAUUUGUUUCAGAGGGCUUUGAUGGAAGAGUUUCAGACCGACGGAUGAUUGAGCGCACCUGUAUAUUAGACCUCAUGGAAGAGGGCGAUGGAGUGAUGGCAGACAAGGGUUUUACCAUCAAAAACAUGUUAGAGAAAAAGGGAUGCACUCUUAAUAUUCCACCUUUUCGUUCUUCUUCUAAUCAGUUUACAACUCAAGAAGUUUUAAAUAUUCAAGAAAUUGCUAAAUUAAGAAUUCAUGUGGAAAGAGCUAUUUGCCGCGUCAAAAAUUUUCAUAUAUUUGAUGGUGUUCUUUCUCUUUCUUUAGUGCCAUUAUCAUCCCAGGUGUUUUCUGUUUGCUGUUGGAUAACAAACCUUGAUGUACUUUUGAUUGAAAGUAAGUUCUCAUCAGACAGGAUCAGAGCUUUCAUCGCCAUUUCCCUCGGAUCCUUUGUUGACUCUACCUCCACUUCAGAUUCAAACUCUGGGCUUUCAUCCGGGAUAUUUCACAAGUGAUCCAUGCCUUUCAAAAGAAUUCAUUUAUUAAAUUUAUGUUAUGUUUUCAGAGGAGUUUUAGUUUAAGUUUUUUUUUUAAAUUGUCCAUCAUAUAAGAUGUCAGGGAAUUGAAAUUAUCUGUUGUCGUUAUAAAUGUAUUUUUCUUA